AUGCACUUCCGCUCCGUCAUCGCGGCCGUCCCUUUUCUCGGUCUCGCCACGGCUUCCCCCGUAGCUACCGCCAGGUCCCCAGCGGGCUGCUCGAAGGCGUCCUUCAAGGGGUUCGAAUGGACAGUGCAGGACUUUGACUUCCACGCCUCGUACAUCUUCUCAACACCAGCGCACCAGAACUCGUGGGGCUACGCGUUCUUCGACCUGGUCAACCCGGCCGAGCAAACCAUCACCCACUGCGAAGGCUCCAGCAGCCAGCUCAGCGACUUCUUCUACGGCACCGUGUCCUACAAGUGCGACGAUAAGACGAGCUUCACUUUCAACCGUCCCACGGGCGAGUUGACACUUAGCCAAACCUGGACCUGUGACGAUGCCGACCCAAAGUACCCGACUACUUUCACUGCGUAUGGUGCCACCAACUUCACGUUGACCUGCGAGGAGGCGACGUAUCAGAACCCAGACUGGCAGAUUGGCGAGAUCUACUCCAGCCGAACUAUCACCUGCGAGAAGCAGGACAAGACGGUCAAGCCCAGUCAAUUGAGCGCCGUGGCGUAG